AUGGAAUUGGGCCCAAACAUACUAGAUUCUUAGACACAAUGGAAAUACAGAUACCAAAAAAUGUUAGUACGAAUAAAAAUAAAAAAGAAAAUUAAAAAACGGGCGUUUGUUCUUAACUUGUGAAGUUAAAAAGUCACCGGCGUUUUUACCCCCGUGACGGAGUUCCAUAUCUUCUGGUAAAAACUUUUUCUCACCCCUUCUUUCCAAUCCCGACGGAGUCCUACACUACAGAUUAAUUUGAUCUUCUUCUCUGUCCUUUUUGCAAAACCCUAGGAAACCUCCGAUUUUCGAUCCGGUUACACUGCAUCUUGGCAGAAUUCACGACUAUCUCCGUUUGCUGAGGAUUCUGGUAGGAGGUGGUGAUAUGUCGAGAUUCCAUGUUGGGGGGAAAGUGGUGGACAGUAUAGUUCUAUUGAAAAAGCGGCAUUGGCUAUGGCGUUUGGAUGUAUGGCCCUUUGCGAUCCUAUAUGCUUUCUGGGCUGUAGCUAUAGCUAGUAGCAUAGAUAUCUUCGAUGCCUUCAUAGUACUUGGUGGAUUCUUCAUUGCUCAUAUUUUAGUUUUCCUCUUCACGGUCUGGUCCAUCGAUUUCAGAUGCCUUGUCCAGUACUCGAAGGUUAAUGACAUUCAUCAAGCUGAUGCUUGUAAAGUUAUUCCUGCGAAAUUCUGCGGUUCAAAAGAAGUUGUUCCGCUCCAUGUUCGGAAGCUUGCUGGUUCCUCUGCUUCGGAGAAUGCGGAAGAGAUUUACUUUGAUUUCAGGAAGCAGUCCUUUAUCUAUUCAGAUGAAAAGAAAACUUUUUGUAAGCUGCCUUAUCCUACAAAAGAAACAUUUGGAUACUAUCUAAAAAGUACCGGAUAUGGGACAGAUGCUAAAGUUACUGCCGCUACUGAGAAAUGGGGACGGAAUGUGUUUGAAUAUCCCCAGCCUACUUUCCAGAAAUUAAUGAAAGAGCAAGUCAUGGAACCUUUUUUUGUAUUCCAGGUUUUCUGCGUGGGACUAUGGUGUUUAGAUGAAUUCUGGUAUUACAGUCUCUUCACUCUGUUUAUGCUGUUCAUGUUUGAGUCAACAAUGGCAAAAAGUCGCCUAAAGACUCUCUCAGAGCUCAGACGGGUGAGAGUAGAUAACCAGACGCUGAUGGUGUAUCGUGGGGGGAAGUGGGUCAAACUCCCAGGAACUGAUCUUUUGCCCGGUGAUGUUGUAUCUAUUGGGCGCUCUUCUAAUCCAAAUGGAGAAGAUAAGUCUGUCCCUGCUGAUAUGCUAUUGCUGGCUGGAAGUGCAAUUGUUAACGAAGCUAUACUGACUGGGGAGUCUACCCCCCAAUGGAAGGUGUCCAUCAUAGGUCGAGGAACUGAAGAGAGAUUUUCAGCUAGACGUGAUAAAACUCAUGUUCUUUUCGGUGGAACAAAGAUACUGCAGCAUACAGAAGAUAAGACAGUUCAAAUGAAAACGCCAGAUCAUGGCUGCUUGGCCGUUGUUUUAAGAACUGGAUUUGAAACCAGUCAAGGAAAAUUGAUGAGAACCAUAUUAUUCUCCACAGAGAGGGUUACUGCCAACAGCUGGGAAAGUGGAUUGUUCAUUUUGUUCUUAGUAUUUUUUGCUAUAAUUGCUGCAGGUUAUGUUCUUAAAAAGGGACUCGAGGACCCAUCAAGGAGUAAAUACAAGCUUAUCUUGAGUUGCUCUUUGAUCAUUACAUCAGUUAUCCCCCCUGAGUUACCGAUGGAAUUGUCGAUAGCUGUUAACACAUCUUUGAUUGCACUGGCACGUCGUGGGAUAUUUUGCACCGAACCAUUCAGAAUUCCAUUUGCUGGAAAGGUUGACAUAUGUUGCUUUGACAAGACUGGCACUCUCACAUCGGAUGACAUGGAAUUCUCUGGAGUUGGUGGGCUAACGGACAGUGAGGAGUUAGAAACCGACAUGACUAAAGUGCCAGCUCGUACACAACAAAUUCUUGCUUCCUGUCAUGCGUUGGUUUUUGUGGACAACAAGCUGGUUGGCGAUCCUCUUGAAAAGGCUGCACUGAACGGGAUUGAAUGGUCGUAUAAAUCAGAUGAAAAGGCUGUCCCAAAGAAGGGUAAUGGCGAUGCAGUUCAAAUUGUGCAGAGACACCACUUUGCGUCUCAUUUGAAAAGAAUGGCAGUUGUAGUUCGUGUUCAGGAGCAGUUUUUUGGUUUCGUAAAGGGUGCACCUGAAACCAUUCAAGAAAGGCUUAUAAAUGUCCCCCCAUCUUAUGUGAAGACCUACAAGAAAUACACCCGCCAGGGAUCUCGUGUCUUGGCACUGGCUUUCAAGUCUCUUCCAGAUGUGUCAGUUGGUGAAGUAAGAAGCUUGGACAGAGACACGGUUGAAGCUGGACUUACUUUUGCUGGUUUUGCGGUUUUUAACUGUCCGAUUAGAGGAGAUUCAUCCACGGUGUUGUCUGAACUAAAAGGAUCAUCACAUGAUCUGGUAAUGAUUACUGGUGAUCAAGCUUUGACCGCAUGCCAUGUUGCUAGUCAAGUGCAUAUCGUGACAAAACCUGCCUUAAUCCUUGGCCGUGCUAAGACUGGUAAAGGAUAUGAGUGGGUUUCACCUGAUGAGACAGAGGUCAUUAUCUACAGUGGGGACGAAGUUGAGUCUUUAUCAGAGACUCAUGAUCUUUGUGUAGGAGGUGAUUGUAUAGAAAUGUUACAACAGAGUUCCGCUGUUCAUAAAGUUAUCCCAUACGUAAAGGUUUUUGCAAGGGUAGCUCCAGAGCAGAAGGAACUCAUCUUGACCACUUUUAAAUCAGUUGGAAGGGUAACAUUGAUGUGUGGCGAUGGAACAAAUGAUGUUGGUGCAUUAAAACAGGCUCAUGUGGGAGUUGCUUUGUUGAAUGCGGUAGCUCCCACUCAAGGUGAGAAGUCUUCACCCGAAACAUCUGCAAAAGGUGAAAAUACAAAAGCUGCAAAACCCAAAAAGAGUAAACCUACUACUGAAAAUGGGGAAGGACCUUCAAAGGGCAGCAAUCAAGCUGUUAAUCGUCAUCUGACUGCUGCAGAAUUGCAAAGACAAAAGCUCAAGAAAAUUAUGGAUGAACUAAAUGAGGAAGGAGAUGGUCGUGCUCCCAUUGUGAAGCUCGGGGAUGCUUCAAUGGCAUCACCAUUCACAGCAAAACAUGCUUCAGUUGCGCCCACAACAGACAUUAUUCGUCAAGGUCGUAGUACCCUGGUGACUACUCUCCAAAUGUUCAAGAUUCUUGGACUCAACUGCCUCGCGACGGCCUAUGUAUUGAGUGUGAUGUAUCUGGAUGGUGUCAAAUUGGGCGAUGUUCAGGCAACAAUUAGUGGGGUGUUCACUGCUGCCUUUUUCCUAUUUAUCUCACACGCUCGCCCUCUCCCAACCCUUUCAGCCGAGCGGCCUCAUCCAAAUAUCUUUUGUGCUUAUGUUUUCCUUUCUCUGAUGGGACAGUUUGCAAUCCAUCUCUUUUUCCUGAUAUCUUCUGUGAAAGAGGCUGAGAAGUACAUGCCAGAUGAAUGUAUCGAGCCCGACUCUGAUUUCCACCCUAACCUUGUGAACACCGUGUCAUACAUGGUCGGCUUGAUGCUUCAAGUUGCAACAUUUGCUGUGAACUACAUGGGGCAUCCGUUCAACCAAAGCAUUUCAGAAAACAAACCAUUCUGUUAUGCAUUAGUGGCUGCUGUUGGUUUCUUCACUGUGAUAACCUCGGACUUGUUCCGGGACUUGAAUGACUGGCUGAAGUUAGUUCCAAUGCCAGCAGGAUUGAGGAAUAAGUUGCUGCUGUGGGCGGCUCUUAUGUUUAUAGUCUGUUAUUCAUGGGAAAGAGUAUUGAGGUGGGCAUUCCCAGGUAAGAUGCCAUCCUGGAAAAGGCGACAACGAGCGGUCGCAGCCAAUAUGGAGAAGAAGAAACAGUGAUUCCGUCUAGUUUAUGAUUUUUCUAUCCAUAUAAGAUCAUCGGAGAGAGUUUCAAUUUGACUAAUUUGUUACCAUAGUAUAACAGACAAAAGAAAAAAACGAGGUAGAGAAACAUUCUUUUUGUUUCAUGUGUAGGAGAACCAAAAGUAUAUAAUAUCCAUUAAGAUCUUGGAAAUUUUGAAUGAUGAUGUCUAAUGCAAUUACUGCUUGAAAGUCUCUUGCUAACCAUUCAGCGAGGUUUUUUUUUUUUUUUGUGUACUUUUUCGUUCUUUCUGUUUGGACAUGUUUUGCUAAUGAUCAAGAGUAAAUGGCACUCAAGUGGCUAACAGCUGAAGUGUAGCCACCAUCAAUCACAAGAUUGUGCGCUGUUAUGAAGCCGCUCUCAUCACUUGCCAAGAACAGCACCGCUUGACUUGCAUCUUCCAUUCUUCCGCCUCUGCCUAUCAAAAGGCUAGCCCUUUCUCCCACAAUCUUAGUCACGUCUUCAGCGUCAAUAUCAUCUCUUCCAAGGCACAACUUGUAACCAUUCACGAGCAUCUCAGAUGGAAUGCCAUGAGGCGAGAUACAGUUCACGCGAAUCCCAUGUUGCCCUAACUCACAAGCAGUGGUCUUUGCUAGGCCAAGAAUGGCAUUCUUGGUUGCUGUAUAAGGAUGUGAAGCUAGUCCUCCCAUGAUGGCAGCCGAGCUAGACGAACAUACAAUGCUGCCUCCAUUCUUACCCGCUAUCAUUGCUCGCGAAGCGUGUUUGAUGGCGUGUAUGAUCCCGAACAGGUUUAUUCCAACGAGUGAAACCACAUCCUCAAUUUUGAGAGUUGUUAUGCUUCCUCCAGGGCCUCCGAUGCCUGCAUUGGCAAACAGUAUGUCUAACUUGCCUUUCCACGACACAGCAAGCUGAACAGCCGAUUCAACUUCUUCUUCUUUUGAGACAUCACAGUGAAUGUACUUCCCACCGAUGGAUUGGGCUAAAUUUGUACCUAAAUCAUCCAGUACAUCAGCAAUGACAACAUAAGCUCCAUUUUUGGCAAACAGUUGUGCUGUUGCUCCUCCAAUUCCUCUUGCACCUCCUGUUAUGAGAGCAACUUUGCCCUUCAGCCUGAUGGAAUGAAACCAACAAAAAGGGAAAAUCAUUAGAUCAUCAUUUAAGCCAAAUUAACUCAUAAGACGACGAUAAUCAACUGAAGUAGUGAUUAUAUUAACCUCUUUGCGGAGGAUGAAGUAUCUUGGCUCGAGUUGAGAUCCAUUUCAUGAUGAGAAAGGGAAAAAAAAAUGCUGAGCUAGGGUACUAAAUAUAUAGUAAAACUCCAUGCGAUUAUACAGAACAUCCAUUUGUGAAUUAAAUUAGGCUGCACUCUUUUUGCAUUCCCACUAUCUUU